AUGGCUUCCAAAGCACUCGCGAUCAUUGCUGGCGUUGGCCCCGGCACAGGUGCCUCAAUCGCCAGGAGAUUUGCAAAGUCAUAUUCUGUUGUGGUUCUUGCUCGAAACCCAGACAACUACGACCCAGUCGUUCAAGAAAUUAAUUCCAGCGGUGGCCAGGCCUUCGGCAUUAGCACUGAUGUCUCCGACUCGAAGAGUGUGAAUGCUGCUUUUGACAAGAUUCGGGUUCAGUAUCCUUCCUCAAAGGUAGCUGUUGCUGUUUUCAACUCAGGUGGCGGCUUCGUGGUCAAGCCAUUCCUCGAGCUCACGGAAGAAGAUUACUCGAAUGCACUAAAGUCACAGGCACAGGGCGCCUUCAAUUUUGCCCAACGGGCUAUUCCGCUGCUCCUAGAAGCUCGCGAAUCUUCGGAAUACCCGCCCACUUUGAUCUUCACGGGAGCUACCGCUAGUCUCAAGGGUUCUGCUAAAUUUGCUGCGUUUGCUUCGAGCAAGUUUGCACUGCGUGCGUUGGCGCAAUCACUUGCUCGUGAGUUUGGGCCGCAGGGCGUACAUGUCUCGCAUACUGUCAUUGACGGUAUCAUUGAUAUUCCACGUACCAAAGCCUGGGUAUUUGAGCAUGAAGAUGCUAAAUUAAGCCCCGAUGCCAUUGCGGAUUCAUAUUGGCAUUUGCAUACUCAACCUCGCACGACAUUUGCAUUCGAGUUGGACCUCCGACCUUAUAUUGAGAAGUGGUAG